ACAAGAUUCUCACACGGCCAAGCAUCUGGCAAUCUUUUGUGCCAAACGCUGCUGUCGAGGGCAAAUCGUACUGUAUGCAUAGUUCUCGUACUACUCGAAAGCUAGCUAACUAGCUAACUAGUUAGAGAUCUCACACUACAACCAACGAUCUGGCACAAAAUUGUCUUGUGACAAUAGAUUGAUUGUAUGAUUUGAAACGAAUUCAAAUCCAUCAGCAUGGCGACGACAGUACCAUCGUCCUCCCGCGAACCCAGUCUGUUGAUUCGAGGAUGUUUCUGGUUCCUCAUCUAUCUCUUGCUCAUGUCGAUAGUGGCAUACUCGGGAUUGGAAGAACUCGAUCCUAACGAUGACUUGAUUAUUCAUGCCACCAGAAGCAGCGAUCUGAGACGACGACAGCAUCACCACAAACAACAACACCCUACUAACAAGAUUUGGUCAUGGGUCAAGGAACUAUUGUUCUGGGAUCUACUAGAAGAAAAGCAGACGCUUCCUCCCCUCCCCAACAUUGCCAAACUCUUUUUUGAAGUCCAUCAUCCACCCAAUGACCAUGAACGCAUCCAAAACGCCAUACAAACGUUGCGACAAGAACCCGAGUUGCCCACACAACCGGACAUGCCCUACGAUGUACACAAUUGUCCCGAGGAUCCCCCUCAGGGAUAUCCCCUGCAUUGGAACUUGAUGGACAUGUUACAGAAUUGGAAUCCUUCUUCCAACAACAACAAUGACAUGGGGCCUACCAUGGUGUAUCAAAGUCUCUGUAUCUUUGAUGGAGAAACCGACCUACCAAAAGCAUUUCAUUAUCGCCAUCACAAUCUGCCGUUUGUCAUGCGCAAUCUGCCUGCUGUCCUGCAAACCACGGAACGAUGGACCACCCCCGGAUACUUGGAACAAUUGUUGAUGGAACCUUCGCGGGCCGAAAAGAUUGAUGCACAACAACCAGACAGCGGGAAUGGGACGGACAAACAACAAGUCAUUUCGUUUUCAGAAUGGUUGGCCAAAGUCAAUCGAGAAAGAGAAGACGAAGAAGAAAUGGAUACUAAUCAAACAACAGCAACAACGAAUGAAGCUUGGACCUUUCUAGUCACGGGAUCAUUGAUGGAAGAAGAUGAUGGAAACAACCGGUAUUUGUUUGAUGAACUGCCCUUUUUUGAUCCACACAGUACUAGUGCGAUGCACUCUAUUGCUGUGCCAAAACCACUGCGAGGAGGGCAGACCAACAGUGGCAGCAGUGAUAGCGGUAGUAGUACGAUCAUCCGUUGCCAGUUUGAUACCCAGGGAGUUGUGCAGGAAGCAUACUUUGACGAAUAUCGCAACUUUGUGGCCAACUUGGGAGGAACGAGAAGGUACAUUCUGGCAAACCCAACUGAAUGUCUCCACAUGAAUGUCUUUCCUCCGGAACACGAGUACGCCCGACAUACCACGGUGGACUGGUCUACGGCAGCAACAGAUCAUCAGAAUGAUACUAUUAUUGGAAAGGCGCAAGCCAAUGAAGUCAUCUUGCAACCAGGCGAUCUUUUGCAUCUACCAGCCGGUUGGUUCAACUUUGAUGUCACCUUGGAUGAUGCUAUCAACGUACAAUGCAGGGCCCAUGCUGGUGGAGAGGAAGCAACCAAAGAGCACUUUUGGAAUGCCUGUGGUGCUUCAGCCGCAAAAUAAAUGAGGAGAGUCCCAAGGUGCAAGGACGCUUGAGAGCGGGAGAGGUCCACAUUGGCUGUCCAACUAGAACCUUUUCGACUACGUAUGAUUCGAUUCAGAUCCCAGACAGAACCUAUUUUUGAACUAUGUAUGAAUCAGGUGCACGAGUUCCUCCAUUCAUUUCAUUGCGAGGAUUUCUAUAAUGCAUAAUAUCGUAAAGCAACUUUACAUGUCUCUGCUUCAAUGCUUUAGAGGGCACGACUUGGUCGCAUU